GAAACAAUAGCUCCACUGAGCCGACUCACUUUCCAAGCCCUCUAACGGCCAAGCUUCCAGCCAGAGAGUCCCCACGAGCGGCACCCAUCCACACCAGCACCCACAGCCCAUGGAGCCCUGGCCGCUCCUCCUGCUCCUUGGGCUCUGCUCAGCUGGCCUCGUCCUAGGCUCCGAACAUGAGACCCGCCUGGUGGCAAAGCUGUUUGAAGAUUACAACAGUGUGGUUCGGCCCGUGGAAGACCACCGCCAGGUUGUGGAGGUCACCGUGGGUCUGCAGCUGAUACAGCUCAUCAACGUGGAUGAAGUAAAUCAGAUUGUGACAACCAAUGUGCGACUGAAACAGCAAUGGGUAGACUACAACCUAAAAUGGAAUCCAGAGGACUAUGGUGGCGUGAAAAAAAUUCACAUUCCUUCGGAAAAGAUCUGGCGCCCAGACCUCGUUCUCUAUAACAAUGCAGAUGGUGACUUUGCCAUUGUCAAGUUCACCAAAGUGCUCCUGGACUACACUGGCCACAUCACGUGGACGCCUCCAGCCAUCUUCAAAAGCUACUGUGAGAUCAUCGUCACCCACUUUCCCUUUGAUGAACAGAACUGCAGCAUGAAGCUGGGUACCUGGACCUACGAUGGCUCUGUGGUGGCCAUCAACCCGGAAAGCGACCAACCAGACCUAAGCAACUUCAUGGAAAGCGGAGAAUGGGUGAUCAAGGAGUCCCGAGGCUGGAAGCACUGGGUGUUCUACGCCUGCUGCCCCUCCACCCCCUACCUGGACAUCACCUACCACUUUGUCAUGCAGCGCCUGCCCCUCUACUUCAUCGUCAACGUCAUCAUUCCCUGCCUGCUCUUUUCCUUCCUAACCGGCCUGGUGUUCUACCUGCCCACAGACUCAGGAGAGAAGAUGACUCUGAGCAUCUCUGUCCUGCUGUCCUUGACCGUGUUCCUCCUGGUCAUCGUGGAGCUAAUCCCUUCCACCUCCAGUGCCGUGCCCUUGAUUGGGAAAUACAUGCUGUUCACCAUGGUGUUUGUCAUCGCGUCCAUCAUCAUCACGGUCAUUGUCAUCAACACACACCACCGCUCCCCCAGCACCCAUGUCAUGCCCAACUGGGUACGCAAGGUUUUUAUCGACACUAUCCCAAAUAUCAUGUUCUUCUCCACAAUGAAAAGACCAUCCAGAGAAAAACAAGACAAAAAGAUUUUUACAGAAGACAUUGAUAUUUCUGACAUUUCUGGGAAGCCGGGGCCUCCACCCAUGGGCUUCCACUCUCCCCUGAUCAAACACCCGGAGGUAAAAAGUGCCAUUGAAGGAGUCAAAUACAUCGCAGAGACCAUGAAGUCAGACCAGGAGUCCAAUAACGCGGCUGAGGAAUGGAAGUAUGUUGCAAUGGUGAUGGACCACAUUCUCCUUGGAGUCUUCAUGCUUGUCUGUAUCAUUGGAACCCUGGCUGUGUUUGCAGGUCGGCUCAUUGAAUUAAAUCAGCAAGGAUGAGCAGAGCUGAGGCCACCUCUGCUCCCAGCACCAGGCAGAGCAGGGAAAGGCAGGGAAGACAGGAAGAAUACAGCUCACUUAUCAAACAUCUCAUUUUCUGUAUUUAUGAUUAAUGAUAAUGAUUCAUAUUUACAUAAGGUUAUGGCCUCAAGUAUUUUCACAUCAUUUCUCCCUUUAAUCCUGCUCUGGCUGCCUGGAGAGUGAAACCAUUUUUAGUAAAUGAAGUGGGGUCACUAACGAGACAUAUUCACGUCCAAAGGCGUCUGGAAGAGUUUUGCCCAGAAUAACUGAGGCUUUCUGUUGGUUUGUUUUUAAUUUUUUUUUUUUUUUGAAGCAAAGAACGUAUCCUUUGCUUAAAGUCAGUUUUGUACGUACAAGUAAAACCCACCUGCCAGUCCCCAAAAGACGAAGCGUUUGAUUUGGAGAGAAAGGAAGCCGUAGAAAGGCAACAUGUAAGUUCUGGAAAUGGCCACCAAAAUGCAAAGCGCAUCAAAAAACCCAUGCUUUAAAGCAGAUUUCUAGAACUGGGAGGUGAGGGAAGGGCUUCCCACUCUGACACAGCGCCUGAGUAGUCAGGGCUUGAGGAACACAGCCAGCUAGUUUCCUAAGCUGUACUGAGCGUGAGGGCCGGCACUGUGCGAAUGGCGCCCCAUACGUGGUUUUGUUUUAUCUUCAUAACUUUAUGACGUCCCUAUUUUACAAAUGAGAAAGCUGAACUCGAGAAGCUCAAGUUCACUGCCCACACUAGCAAGCAGAAGAACUGAGAUGUGACCCAAGAGCCAGUCUGAGUUCAGCAGCUCGGGGCUGGGUGGGAUCUCCUGCUCCCUUGCUCCCCUGGACACGCCCCACGUGAUCUAGGCCAUCCUGUAACUCCCAUCAGGGUUUUGAGAGCUUCAGUCUUAGUGCCAACCCCCUUCCUGCCUUCCCAAUUAGGUCUUCUGCCCUCUUCCCCAGUCCUCGUCCAGUCAGGUGUGGGGGGCUUAGUUCUAGCAAUGAAAUCAGAAAUGUAUGCACAUAUCCUCACCGUUUCUGAAAUUCCAGGCAAGUGAACAGGACAGAAACUUAUUUCCCUUCGGAGCCACUUUCCAGCCACAAUGUAGUUAGUUCACCUCAGAAGGAGAAAGCGUACCCCCUGGGCUCAUCGUGGCCUUCAGAGCACUGGAACACGCCUGACCCAUAUGAGUACUGGGGAGAGUGGUAAACUGCACUGCUGGGCAGCCUCUCUGAACCCAGCUGGUUUCAACCUACUUCCCAAAGUAAUUCGUCAGCACAGACCCGUGGCACGGCAGAGUGCCCUCACUUUAGAGAAAACCCAAGGGAAAACAGUCUGGUGGUUCCUCGAAAAGCUAAACACGGAAUUACCGUAGGAUCUAGUAAUUCUGCUGCCAGGUAUAUACCCCAAAAGAACUGAAAGCAGGGACUUAAACAGAGAGCUUACACGCCAGUGUUCACAGCAGCAAUAAUCACGACAGCCAAAAGAUGGCAACAACCCAAGCGUCCAUCAGUGGAACAGCAGUGUGUCCAUAUGAUAUUACUGAGCCUUAAAGAGGAAAGCAGUUCUGAUGUGUGUUACAGUAUGUGCCAACCCCGAAAACACGUUUGAUGAAAUAAGCCAGACGCAAAAGGACAAAUCUCGUGAUCCCAGUUAAACGACGUACUUAGAAUAGGCAAAUUCAUAGAGACAGAAAGUAGAGUAGAGAUUGCCGAGGUUUAGAGGGAGGGGUGAGUUAUUGCUCAAUGGGUAGAAUUUCGGAUCGGGAUGAUGGGAAAGUUCUAGAAAUGGACAGUGGUGAUGGUUGCACAACACUGUGAAUGUACUUAAUGCCACUACGCUUAAAAAUGGCUACGACGGUACAUUCUGUGCAUAUUUGACCACAAUUAAAAAUAAAGAAUGAAAACAA